CUCGGCGCCGCCAUCUUGGAGCCACGGCCGAGGAGGGGGCCAAAAAAGGGAAAGAGAGGGAAAAGAGUCGGGAGCGAGGUGGACGAGGGCGAGGGUACGGCGGGGUCCCUGCCGGCCAAAGGAGGCUCGCAGAAGCAGCAGCCCGCCGCCCGACCGCAGCUGGAUUGUGAAUAUCGAUCCAGGAGACUAUCAAUUUCAGAAAUUGAUUGGAAAGACACUGGCUCUGUCACUAACAACCAUGUAACCUUGGUCCUGCCAGAGGACCAGGAAGCUGAGUCCCACAGAGGAGGCCACAAGGGGCCCAGAGAGCACAAAUGGUGAUGUCAGCCACGCCCCUAGAUGCUGGGACUGAGAUAUGGAAGAAAGCAGCAGCAUUGCCAUGCUGGUGCAAGAGAUUGGAGAACAGGAGGCUGUGUUAACUGCUGAAGGAGUCCUCAGCCCUUCCUUAGAAGCUGACCAGCAAAGAAAAGCUAAAAUAGAUCCAUUGGUCCACGUCAUCCAGAAGUUAAGCAAGAUAGUGGGGCAUGAAAAGCCACCAAAAUGUCUUCUGAUUGGGAAAAAGCGCCCACGUCCAAGUGAGACAGCAAUCUCUCUUGAAAAGCUAGAGAACUGUGAGAUUCCAGCUAAAGCCACUGAGUCCCCUGCUGCUGGGGUUAGGAAAGCCGAGAUGUCACAGGCAAGUUCCACUCUUGCUUCAAAUGAUGGGAAGGCUAUGUCCUACCAGUGUAGCCUCUGUAAGUUCCUGUCGCCAUCCUUCUCUGUGCUGAAAGAACAUGUCAAGCAGCACGGGCAGCAGCAUGACGUGAUGCUCAUGUGCUCAGAGUGCCAUGCCACCUCCAGGAGCCAGCAGGAGCUGGAAGCACACGUGGUGAGUGAGCACGAGGACAGUGCCCGUGGCCAUGCCCGGGCCAGCCCCUCCAGUCAGGGAGCCACAGAAAGGAAGAGUGAGACCAUGGUAGACAUCCCAGUGAGCGUGGGCAGUCCAAAGACCCAUGCUGUCCAGAGUGUAGCCGCAACAGAGACUGGGCGGAGGAAGUGGUACGCCUAUGAACAGUAUGGCAUGUACCGGUGCUUAUUCUGCAGCUACACCUGCGGCCAGCAGCGGAUGUUAAAGACACAUGCUUGGAAACAUGCAGGGGAAGUUAACUGCUCCUACCCAAUCUUUGAAAAUGAAAAUGAGCCCCUGGGCCUUCUGGCUUCUUCUGUGUCUGCUGCACCUGGUGGGGUUGAUGCAGUUGUCAUUGCUAUUGGGGACAGCGAACUGAGCAUCCACAAUGGGCCGUCUGUACAAGUACAGAUUUGCAGCUCUGAGCCACCGUCGUCAUCUCCUUUAGAACAAAGCACAGAGGAGGGAGUACACCUAAGCCAGGCAGUUACCCUGGACUCUAACGAGGAAGAAAUGCUGGAGGUGAUGUCUGAUUCCGAGGAGACUCUGUUUGCUGAUAGCUUGCUCUCCUCAGCACAAAAAAUCAUUAGCAGUAGCCCAAACAAAAAAGGUCACGUGAAUGUCAUUGUGGAACGUUUGCCAAGUGCUGAAGAAACACUCCCGCCAAAACAUUUCCUCAUGAAUGCUGAAAUGGAAGAGGGGAAGAGCCUGGGGCCCCCCGAAGCCCAGACUGGGUGUGGAGGAGCAGGAAAUAUGUACCAUGCUGAUAAAUGUACUGUUGAUAUAGGAGGGUUGCUCAUCGGCUGGAGCAGUGCAGAGAAGAAAGACAGUGAGCUAAGUAAAGGCCUGGCUCCUGAUGAGAAUGCCCCACCAGGACGGAGAAGGACGAAUUCCGAGUCUCUCAGGCUGCACUCCUUAGCUGCAGAAGCCCUUGUCACCAUGCCAAUAAGAGCUGCUGAACUAACAAGAGCCAGCCUUGGGCACUAUGGGGACAUAGACCUUUUAGAUCCAGACACUGGACAAAGGCAGGUCAGUGGUCCAUUGGCAACAUACUCAAAAAAAAUCAUGUCUCCUCUUAAGAAUUCUGCAGAUGGAGUAACAAGUUUUAACCAAAGCAAUUCCACUGUGGUAGCUCUCCCAGAGGGAAGGCAGGAAUUGUCAGAUGGGCAAGUUAAGACAGGCAUCAGUAUGUCCCUUCUUACCGUAAUAGAAAAACUGAGAGAAAGGACAGACCAGAAUGCAUCAGAUGAUGACAUUUUGAAAGAGUUGCAGGACAAUGCCCAGUGUCAGCCCAACAGCGAUGGGAGUUUGUUGGGGUCCAACGUGGUGGAGUACAUCCCAGAUGCCGAGCGGCCCUACAGAUGCCGCCUGUGCAACUACUCGAGUGGCAACAGGGGCUACAUCAAGCAGCACCUGCGUGUCCAUCGGCAGAGGCAGCCUUACCAGUGUCCUAUCUGUGAGCACAUAGCUGAGAACAGCAAAGACUUGGAAAGCCACAUGAUCAACCACUGUAAAACCAGAAUACACCAGUGUAAGCAGUGCAAAGAAUCUUUCCAUUACAAGAGCCAACUGAGGAAUCAUGAGAGAGAGCAGCACUGCCUGCCCAACACCUUGUCAGUAGUUUCGAAUGAGCCAAGAAUUUCCCGUGGUGCUGCUGAUGGGAAGUGUGUUCAGGAAGGGAACAAGUCUUCAACCCAGAAACAGUAUAGGUGUGACGUGUGUGAUUACACAAGUACAACGUACGUUGGCGUCAGGAACCACAGACGAGUCCACAACUCAGACAAGCCAUACAGGUGUUCCUUGUGUGGGUAUGUGUGCAGCCAUCCCCCUUCCUUGAAGUCACACAUGUGGAAACAUGCAAGUGACCAGAACUACAACUAUGAGCAAGUUAACAAGGCCAUCAACGAUGCAAUCUCGCAAAGUGGCAGAGUUCUGGGGAAAUCCCGUGGGAAACCGCUCUUAACCAGCAGUGAAGAGAGAACUGGCCCUACCACAGGCAAUCCAGAAAACUUGGUGUCAUCCUCAGAGCUCCCUUCCCAGCUGCCUGGUGAAGUUAUCGAUGCCAGCGAGCUUGAGAAACUGAACCCCACAGGCAGCAGCUCUGACGUCUCAGGAAGGAGCUGCAGCCUGGCCACACCAGGAACCGAGUACUGCGUGCUGCUCUUCUGCUGCUGCAUCUGCGGCUUUGAGUCAACCAGCAAGGAGAGCCUCCUGGAUCACAUGAAGGAACAUGAGGGGGAGAUUGUCAGCAUCAUCCUGAACAAGGACCACAGCACAGCCCUGAAUGCCAACUAGCUAGGACUCUGAACUGCAGGUCAACCUCAGUGCCGUCACAAGCUCACUAGACAUGGAGGAAGCAGGUGGUGAGGCUGAUACUUCGGUGCUUGAGUGAGGUUACAGAGCUGUGACCCUGUGUGAGCCUCUGGCGCCCCUUCUUAAUGUCACCAUUUAUUAAAAGCUUACCAUAGGCCAGAAUCUGCAAGCAGAUGAGUUGAGAAAACUGCAGAGCCACACUGGUCUGAUGAAGGCAAAUGGAAAAGGGCAGUUCCACUGCCACCAGAAUGGGCAGUAAGAAGAGGGAGGGUAACUUCACUGUCUCCCGAGAGCAUAAUUCUUUUCCUUGUAUUCAUAGGAAUUUAUCACAGACUCAAUGUAGGGUAUGGUCCUUUACUCCCUAAAAAAGGAGCGAGAUACCCAAAUCAUUCCUGAGUUAUAAACAUUUGAGAAGUAAAUUAUUGUUUCAGAUUCACAAAUACUCCAUGCAAGACUCAAACCAACCAAAUCUUAGGUUCACAAAAAUGGGUGACUUCUCAGAGGUCAAUGUGAACAAACGGAGCCCACUCCAGUACACAGCCACAACACCGCCACCGCCACCGCCACCAUUGUCUGACACCUCCUCAAGCAGGAGGACGGAGACUGCUACUGCAUCACCUGUCCUUGAGCUGAGUGCUCACUCAAGCACACAGGAGCUUGAGAGCCAAAGUAAGAAGCUUUGGGGAGGCUAGGUGUGAUGGCGCAGGCUAAAAUCCACAGGUGUCUGAGCAGUGGAGUUCAGGUUUGAGGCCAACCUGGGUUAGCAGGACUGGGCCUCACGGGGUUAAAAAGAUCCCUUAGAGGAUGAAAGCUGAAAGUCAGGUGCCUCAAAAGCAGACCAGCUGUGAAGGCUUUCUCUACUCAGAGUUUAUGAGUUUAGUUACAUUAACCCAGGUGACUAAAGGAUGGUAAAACUUCAUCUGUUUUAAUAAGAGACUGGUGUGGUUCACAUAGUCAGGAGGCAGACACAGUGGAUUUCAGAGUUUGAGGCUAGCCUUAUCUACAUAGCAAGUUCCAGGCUAGCUAAGACUUCAAAGUGAGAUCCUGUCUCAAAAAAAAUUAAAAUAAUUUUUAAAAGGACUGGAGGGAUGGCUCAGCAGUUUGGAGCACUGGCUGCUCCUCCUCAGGAUGCAGGUUUGAUUCCCAGUAACCAUAUGUGGCUUAGAACCAGUUCUGGGGGAGCUGGGACACUCUGGCCUCAUCAGGCACCAAGCACACAUGUAGUACCCAGACAUAAUUCAGGCACAACACUAAUAAAGUCUUUAAAUGAAAUUUUGAUGAGAACUUUGAAAACCUGGGCUGUGCACUAAUGUACAUCUAGCCACAAGAAAACAAACAACAAGAGCAGCUUCUUGUCAGAAACACCGUUUGACAAGAGGCUCAUGUGUUUCCAAAAGAGUCCAUUUGUUAGUGUGCAAGAAAAUACACUGAGAAACUAGCUCAGUAUAUUUGUACUAAAGUUUGCAUCACACAGACGUGACCUCAUUAGUCCGUGGCUGUGCCCUCAUUACUUCCGAGGGUAAGGCGUACAGGGUGCUGUUUGUGUAGUCCUGGUCACUUCCUCUUCGGUACAGCAGACUUUGCCGUUAAUGUAGGUGUUCUUAACACACCCAGAGUCAAGGGGCAGCUCAUGGAAGGACAGAGUCGGUGGAUGUUGACAGACUUUAUAGCGCGUGUUCCCAGAGUUGUAGUGUCUGGAGAAUGAGUUACUAGCUUUCAUGUGGCGUUGGGAGCUGGAGCGUGGGCCAGGCAUGUGGAAAGAAACACUUUGUGAUUCCUUUUAUGUUUUUCAUCACUAAUUUUGAUGACAAUAUUUAGAGAAAAUUGACUAAAAAUUUGCCACUCUCUGAUUUUGAGUAGCUUUUUGAGGGAGGAUGGGGAACAGAGUCUUUCUGUAUAGUCCUGGCUGACUUAGAACUUACUAUAAAGACCAGGGUGGCCUCUAACUCAAAGAAAUCCACUUGCCUCAGCCUCCCAAGUGCUGGGAUUAAAGGCAGUAGCCAUCACACCUGGCCAAGAUAGGCUUAAUUUAUUUGUGAAAGUCAAUUCAUUUCUGAUACAUAGAUUUUAAUAAGAAAGUGAAUUUACACAUACUAAUUCAAUUCCUCUAAAUUUACCCUAUAUGGACCUAGAUGAAUUUUCUCAUAUUUUCACAAUUAAAACAUGUAUAUUUAAUGCCAAAUGCAAAAAAAUUCAUGCUUCCAUUUUUAUCACCCAUUGCUGUUGUUCCCACUAGAUCUGGUUUUUGUUUUGCUCUUAGUCUGACCAAUGAUAGCCUUCAGUGAAUUUUCAAUAAUUUCCCACAAUUGGUUAAAAAAUAGUAAUCACCCACAACACACUACAAUUUCAACAGGUUGGCUCUUCAAAAGAUGCUUCCACGUUCCUUUGAACCACAUGCGUGCAAUCAUGAGUGUGACCUUUCGUCCUUCCCACAGGGAAAAAGUAAUAACCCACAGGUUCAAAGCCUCCACUCUGUCAUGUGUCCUGUGAGCUCUCGGGCCUGGACAAGGGACAGCGCCCUGGACUCUGCACAUCCUGCUAGCAUUUUACAGCAAGUCUCUACCAAGACAUAAGAUUCCAAAUACCGGAAGCAUGCGUGUAUGGUUGUCAAGGCUGCAGAGACUCUUACCCAGUCAGGGUCACUGGUCAGAGGAGUGCUCUAAGCUUUGGCAUGGGAAACCCUGAUUUUUGCCUCUUGCUCUGACCAUCUGCGGCUUCUAAGAGCAAAUGGGGAAUACUGCUUUAAAACUAUUUAUUGCACUCAGUAAGAUGGAGAAAUGGAGUUGUGAUCUUUAUAGAUAUCAUUUUGUCAUUUUGUGAUCAUAGGACUCCGGCAGGUGCCCUCACUGGCCUGUCAGCUCAUUCACUUUGUCUGUGGCUCAGCCACACACAGUGAGGCCAGCUGAAGCAUCUGCCCUGGACCUCUCGUCCUGUGGGAGUUACCAUUGGUGGCUUUGUAAUUACUGUUCUUUUCCUCACAGACAAAUGGGAGCAUCAUGUUUACACCACAUCCUGCAGCGUAGUUGACUUGACAAAGAUGAGCAGGUGUCUCUGUUUCUCAGUUUCAUAAGAACUUAUUUAAUCCGUUUUUUUAAUUGUGCAGCAAGGUGCUCAAAGGAAUAGUCUAUAAAUAUAUUUAAUAGAAACUUGAGUUUGACAUUCAUGGGUAUAAAGACAUGUAUUUUUUUUUAAAGAAAUAAGUAUUGUGUAACACUAUGGCUUUGCUUCUGUAGUCCAAGUAGAGAAACUUCUAGAACACCAUGUAAAAAAGCAACAGUUGACUCUGACGCUGACUCAUUAAAACUGGAUGAUUGGCCUUUGGUUACAUUCUGUUGCACAUUGAGCUGCAAGCCUUGUUUGUGGUAGAACUGGCCACCUGUUUAGAAGAGUGCAGCAAGCUCUCUGGCACCUAUUAAUUUUCAGAAGAACUGUCCAAAAUUAGAGUAAUUUAUUUUGCUUUACAGGAGUUUGUCAUGUAUUGACUUAAAUAUUGUAUUUUGGUAAUAAAUUUUUUUGUUAAAAACACUUGUUUCUAAGUUUCAUUAGCAGUAUGUGUUUAUUCUUGUCUUGGGUUUAUUGAUUUAGAAACUUGCAUUUAAAUCUUUGAAAGCUUCCCAAGAGCUGGUUGUGGUUUAUUAUUGGGCUUUGUUAACGUGUUGAGCUAUCAGUUGUGCGUCAUUACUACAUUUCACAAGCAUUAUAGGCCCUGGGCCUUCUCCCCGGCUAAGAGGUUCUUUAGCUUUCACAUCAGACAUGGAAAUGCUUUCAGUGCUGACCCCGUGGGUGCCAGCUCCCUUCCUGUAAUUAAACUCUGCUGAAGGCCAGUGACUUCAACGUUGCUCACACUUUGAUCCUCUUGUGGUCUAUCACCAAACAAUCUCCUACUGUUGGAUUCCUUGCAGAGGCCACAGGUGCUCUGUCUAACCACUGCAGCGCUGGUUUAGUCACCCCAGCUUGUGCCCUAGGAUCCCAGACCCUCCCAGCUAGAAGUGACUCAAAACAAAUAGUUCUCCUGAGUAGCUAAAGCCUCUUGGACUGAUCUCUGUAGGGGUGAUGUGGUCCUACCUCUUCUCUCAAGGACCAGAUCUCACCACUGUGCCAUGACAAGCUAGUAGUAUAAAUCACAGCAUGGGGAAACCUAGAUUCAGAUCGCAGGAUCCCACAUGACUCCUGAGCACUUGAGUUGGGACUUGAUGUUCUAGGUGUAAAACAGGACAGUUGCAAAAAUUUAGUACAAAAAGAAAUGUAAAGCAUCUCAAUAGUUUUAUAUAUUGACAACGUGUUAAAAUAUUUUGGCUAUAUUGACUUAAAU